AUGGUUCAACAACAAACUAAUCACACAGAUAAAUUAUCAUUAGAAAUUACUUGUAAAAAAAAGGGAAUUACUUUUACAAGAGGAGAAUAUCUUGGUCAUGGACGCUUUAGUACAUGGUAUGAGUUUGUUGAUCUCAAUAAAAAAGAAUUUUACGCUGGAAAAAUAAUAUCCAAAUCAAGAUAUGAUAGUAAUGAUUUUCAUAAAAAAAUAAGUAGAGAAAUUGAAAUUUUAAAGUCACUAAACCAUGAUAAUAUUGUUUCUCUUAUAUCUAGCUUUGAAGAUUACAGAAAUUAUUAUAUGAUUUUUCAAUUUUGUUCAAAUAAUACACUUCGCCAAUUUUUACGAUAUAGAGGAAUACUUACAAUAGAAGAAAUUCGAUAUUUUACAAAACAAAUAUGUGAUGGAUGUUCUUAUUUACAUGAAAGAAAUAUUGUCCAUAGAAAUAUAUGGUUAGAUAGUUUGUUUUUAGAUGAAAAUAUGGUAUUAAAAAUUGGAAGUUUUGGAUUAUCUAAAAUGUAUAUAAAAUGUCAGAAUGAAGAAAAUAUUUUAUGCAAACCUAUUAUUUAUACUUCAAUGAAUAUCAUCAACAAUGAUAGUUCCUUCAAAAAAGAUAUAUGGUUAAUUGGAUGUGUUCUUUACGCAUUAGUAUAUGGAAAAUAUCCUUUUGAAAUCAAAAGAAGAACAAAUAUUAUUGUCCAAAUGUCAUUCUGUAAAUUAGAACUACCAUCAUCUGAUUCUGAAGAUCUUAAAGAAGUUAUCACUUCUUUACUUCAUCCAUCAUCUAUUGAAAGACCAAAUGCAAAUGAAAUAUUAAACUUUAAAUUUUUUACAGAUGAUCCUAUUUUCCAUACAUAUACAAUACUACAAUGUCAAGAGUCAUCGACUUUCUCAAGUAUGAUUUUUGGUAAUGAAAUCAAAAAGAAAUAUUUAGAAAAUGAUAAAAUAUUAAAAGAAUCAAAAUUAAUAAAUAAAAAGGAAAUGAAAAAAGAGAGAAAUCCUUUAUCUAGACCUUCACAUUUUGUAUCAAUGUGGGUGGAUAACUCUGAAAAACACAAUUUAUUAUAUAAAUUAUCUGACAAUUCUACGGGAGUUUUUUUCAAUGACAAUACAAGCAUUGUUCUUGAUUCUUCUGAAAAUAAUUUGCACUAUUAUGAUGUUGAUGGUUCUGAAGAAAUAUUUACAAAGACAAAAUCAUUAUCAGAACUUCAAAAAAAAGUUAAUCUCUUAAUGUAUGGUUUGAAUUAUAUGAAUGGUAGUUUAGAGAAAGCAAAAAUAAAUAAUUCUAUAGAUGAAAAUUAUGAUUUAGAAAAAAUUCCUAUUUUAAAAGGAUGGUUUAGAACAACUAAGAUGAUUGUAUUUUAUCUAGGCAAUAAUAUAUUACAAAUUAAUUUUUUUGGAUGUCAUACAAAAAUUAUUUUAUCACUUUUGGAAAUGUCAUUAUCAAUAAUAGAUGGAAAAAAAGAAAUGGAAAGUUAUGAACUUCAAAAACUUAAAGAAGUUGGUUGUGAAGUCAUUAAUGUAAAACUGACCGGUAAAGUAGAAUCUACAGAUAUAAAUGGUUUUCACAUACUUUAUGGAUCUAUAAAUCAAAACAUUUGUUAUUACAAAAAAUAA